UUUUUGCAUUUCCUGGUUCGGUCGAGUUUUUAUGACGUCGGUGAUCCUGCAACGAAAACGUAUUUCAUACAGCAGCGGCCUGUGAUCCCACUUGUACGCUGUAAUUAUUUUGUUUUGUCUUUGGUGGAGGAUUUGUCUAAUCCAUCACCAACAUGAAACUCGUACGUUUUUUGAUGAAACUCAGCCAUGAGACUGUGACCAUUGAGCUGAAGAAUGGAACCCAGGUCCAUGGGACAAUCACGGGUGUGGACGUGAGUAUGAACACUCACCUGAAGGCGGUGAAGAUGACUCUGAAGAACCGCGAGCCCACCCAGCUGGAGAGCCUCAGUAUCCGCGGCAACAACAUCAGAUACUUCAUCCUGCCGGACAGUCUGCCGCUGGACACCCUGCUGGUCGACAUUGAACCCAAGGUCAAGUCCAAGAAGAGAGAGGCUGUGGCUGGGCGUGGAAGGGGCAGAGGAAGAGGGCGUGGCAGGGGGAGGGGCCGAGGCAGGGGAGGGCCCAGGAGAUGAUCGCCAUGACGACGCAGAUGUCAGUCUUGUCCUACUGUUUGUACAGCAACGUUUUUUUGUCUUUUUUCUCCUCAGGAAACUUUUGAAUCCCGAGCCAUGUUUUUCUUUUUUUCUUAUUUUGUACAUUAAAGAUGUUUCACACGAACAGCAAA